AUGGUCGUUAAGGAGGGCAUGCCAUACAACUUCCAGUACGGCGUCAAGGACGACUACUCCGGCAAUGACUUUGGACAAAGCGAACAGUCUGACGGAGACACCGUCUCAGGCUCCUACACCGUCCAGCUCCCAGACGGCCACAUACAAAUGAUAAAUUAUGCUGCCGAGGACGACAACGGGUAUAAGGCGGAGGUCAGGUAUGAGGGUGAAGCCCAGUACCCCCACGAGUAUGGUCCAGCAAUCACCUUCAAGCUCCAGAACCAGCCCUCAUUCUACCCUGAACCCUUAUACAAGCCCCAGCCCCUCAUACCAGCCCCAGCCCCUCAUACCAGCCCCAGCCCUCAUACCAGCCCCCAGCUCUCAUACAAGCCCGGCCCUCAUUCCGAAGAAUCGAAUUAG